GGUGAAACCCACGGCCGUGAACGGGGCCGCACCGUGUUUUCUGUCAUACGUGUACUCAUUCCUGAGAAAUGGAAAUAAAGUCUAAUUUUGGAAAAGCUCCUGUUUCGUGAAGUGUGUAGAAGGCUGCACCCUCCGGAAGCAUGGCUGCCCGCCCCGUACUGGGUCUUGCUGCUAUCCUCUGCCUCUCUGUGCCCCAGGCCGGCUCCAUGGUGCGGCAUCGACAGCCGGUCCAGGCGGUGCUGCUGGAACCCCAAGGGAGGGACUGCUCUCAGAUCUGGGUGGAGAAGCCCAGAGCCCCCAGCGGUGUGUACACCAUCCAGCCAGAGGGAGCCAGCGCCCCCUUCCAGGCUCUGUGCGACAUGCGGGAGGACGGUGGCUGGACGGUGAUUCAGAGCCGGGACCGGGGCAGGCGGAGGCGUCUGGACUUUGAGAGAUGCUGGCAGGAGUACAAACAGGGCUUCGGAGACUUGACGGGUGACCACUGGCUGGGGCUGCAGCACAUCUCCGACCUGACUUCCCAGCCGGGCCUGCGCUCAGAGCUCACGGUGGACCUUCUGGAUGCGGACAACCACACGCUUCAGGCCCACUAUGACAACUUCCACGUGGACGGGGAGGACCUGUUUUACCGAUUGACCCUUGGCCUGUACUCUGGGAACGCAGGGGACGCGUUCCGGGGCUUGGGCCGCACGGAUGACCAAGAGGGCUGUGGCUUCAGCACGCUGGACCGCGACCGCGACCACUGCUCGCCCUGCACGGACGGCACACAGCCCUUCACCAGCUGCAGCCGCGACCGCUCGGGCGCCGGCUGGUGGUACAGCGACUGCGGCCAAGCUGACCUCAACGGGCCGUGGCCGGAGCGCGGAGGGGCCGCCUCGGGCAUGCGCUGGGCCACCGGCAACCACCGGCCCACCCUGCGCGCCAGCGUGCUGCGCGUGCGCACCACUGCUUCCCACAAGGCCUAGGCCCCUCGGUGGCCGAGCCUCAUUAAACG